AUGGCGGUCGCCCACAAGGCCGGAGAUGGUCCCCGCUUCACCGUGCGCCCGUUCCGGGCCGGCGACUCGCCGGAGGCCCGCAGGAUAUUCUCGGAGGGUGUGAUGGACAUGCCUUGGCCGGCCUUCCGCCGGGUCCCGCAGUCGCCAGCCGCGGCCUGCCUGAUCCUGACUGCCGGGGCCGCCGUCUACGGAACCGGCUGGUUGCUCACCUGGGCCGCUCUGCCCGUCGCCGCGCUGCUAGCCCUCCUCUACCUGGCCUGCCGCAUGGUCUUUGCCCGCUACCUGAGGGAGACGCUGGAGGCGGACAUGGCGGACAUUGAGGGGACGUACAUGGGGAGGCUGGGGGCGGGGUUCUGGGUGGUGGAGGAGGAGGGGGGAGACGGUGGGCUGCGAGGGAUGGUGGCGGCCCAGGAGGCCGAGGGACAGCCGGGCUGCUGCCAGCUCCUCCGCCUCUCGGUCGAUCGGCGAUGCCGGGGCCUGGGCCUGGGCCGCAGACUGACCCUCCGGGUGCUGGAGUUGGCCCGGGACAGCAGCUGCCGGGAGUGCGUCCUGUACACCUCCACGGCCCAGCAGCCCGCCAUCCGGCUUUAUCUAGCCCAGGGCUUUCGGGUGACCAGGGAUGACGAGCCCAUGCCCGGACCGGCCCUGCUAUCCUGGGUCACCAACAUCUACCAGUGCGAGAUGAGGCUGGACUUCUGGACGCCGGUCAUCCCGACUGAGGAGGUCUCGGGACACGGGGUGGGUACAUGUCAAUAA